AUGCAUUUUUUCAAUCCUGCCAUCAUUGCUUCUCUCUUCGCUGCUGUGGCCUUGGCCAACCCAGCCAAUCUCGAAGUCAGGAACGACUGGGCCAAGGUCGUGUCUUUCAGUGACGACCUUUGCACGACAGGCCAGAGCACCUUUGAGGUGACUGGCAGCGGGGCAUACCGCUGCAUCCCUGUCACCAACAAGAGAUCCAUCAAAGCCCUCGAGAAGAGGGGCUGUACGAUCAAGACAUUCAGCGGAUCAAACUGCCGCGGUAGUCAUUUCACCAUUCCCGAUGGGGACCUCGAGUGUCAUUCAGUUUUGCAUGCGGCUGUCGAAAUUUCCUGUUGA